AAAUUUGACAGAUAAACAGAGUUUGUCAGCGUGAUAAAUCUCUUCGAUGCCGACCAAAUUCAUCUUUUUUCAGUGAUAUUUAAUCGUUUCGGUGUUAAAAACCUUCUGAAUCAUCCAGAUAUGAUAAAAAUAUCCCUGGACAACAGUGUAGCCCCCAUCAAGUACGUUUUGGCACCUAACAAAAUACAGCCACUCUCAGAUAUUGCUGUUGAUCAUUCAUCACUGGUAAGUUCAUCAUUAACUUCGAUAAAUGAGUUGGGGAAACAGCUUCUUAAGGCUGCUGCCGAUGGAGAUGCACGAGAAAUUAAAAGACUUCUUACUAAAGGUUCACCGUUCACAUCUGACUGGUUAGGGACAAGCCCGCUUCAUCUAGCUGCUCAGAACAAUAAUGUAGAUGUAUGCGAUUUGUUGUUAAAAGCUGGAAUAUCAAAAGAUGCUAGAAAUAAAGUAGAUCGAACUCCUCUACAUUUAGGAGCCUAUGAGGGGCAUCUUCAUGUUGUUGAAUCGCUCGUUAAGCAUGGAGCGGAUAUUAAUUGUAGAGAUAUGUUAAACAUGACACCCUUACAUUGGGCUGUUCAAAACGGACAUACUCCAGUAGUAGAGUUUCUAUUAAAGAAUGGAUCUUUAAUCGAUAUAAUUAAUAAGUUUUCACUGACUCCCAAAGAUAUAGCGUUACAGAUAAAUAACAGUGAUAUUAUAGAAUUAUUACAAUCAUAUGAAAGUGAUCCACAAACAGCGACUGACAAUCUUGUAAUGCAAUUGCAAGCUGAAGAUGGAGAUGAAUCUGCAAUAGAUAAUGAUUUAACUGAAAUAAACAAUGAAAUAGAUCCAGUAAUAAUUAAUUUGGACAAUAAUAAUGAAAUAGCAAACAUAACAUCCCUGGAUCAAAAACAAAAUUACUCUCAAAGUCAUGUCAUUAUCAACUUAGAUCAGGAACAGGAAGAUGAGGAUAAUCCUGAAUCUGUGAAUAUAACUCAAAUUCAAAAUGAUAUGGAAGUAUCGCAAGAACCUCCAGUAGCAACCUUUAAAAUUAUAGAUAGCGUACUGCAAAGUAACGAUGAAAUUGAGAAUGACUUUUCUGCAGUGAAGUUAUUGCAGGAUCAUGGGAUUACUAUGUUGCCUAAUGAUUCAGAGGAGACAAAUUUACUAAAUACUGUCAUGGAAAGUGGGCAUCAAGUUGUAUUAACGGAUGCAGGAAAAGAAGUGUUGAACAGUAUCAAAGAAGAGGAACAAGAAAAAAUAGCCGUAAAGUCUCAAAAAAUCAUUACCGUAACGCCAGAACAGUUAAUUCAAAUGACCAAUGGAAAUAUAUUUGAAAAAGCUCAUGUUUUCAAUAAAUUGAAAGUUGCGCCUGCCAAACAAGCCCCAAAGAGGAUUGUGAUGAAGAAAAACAGACCAAUGCCGUUUGGAAAUGUAAUUAAAGUAAAAAGUAAUAUGAGCAAAUCGACGAGUAGGAGUGACUUAGAAUAUCUAAUGAGACAGUUGAUUGAAGCGAGGAAGACAAUUGAAGAGUACAAAAUAAAGCUGCAAAAAAAGGAAAUGGAAGCAGAGAGGUACAAAAAACAGCUUAAGUUAUUCAUGGAAUGGAAUUAAAAAAACUUUAAAGUAUGUAAAUUUGGUUAACUGUUUCCUUUUUGUGUGCAAGGCCUUGCGUCACAGAAACUGCUGUUUUAUUUUGUGAUCAAAAUGACUUAAGGUUUGUUCCCAGAAGAAUCCCUGACUAGUCAGCACGUUUCUCAUUGGUUAAAAUGCGUAGAAACCUGAUUGUUUUUAGAAUUUUUAGAAU